AUGAAUCAAGAAAACCGUGAGCAGCCUAUGGAAGAAGGUCAAGAGGAGAUACCGGUGGAACCAGUUCAAGAUGAAGUUCAAGUUCAAGAGGUCAACGUCAACAUCAACCCACCGCAACCUCAACAGCAAGAAGAGCCUCGCCACCCACCCAUAGAGGAACUGCAGCCCUUUGACGAACCACGCGGACCAUCGCAGGCUGAGGAACUAUCCAUGGUACACAGGAAAAUAAAUAGAGUUCUCGGAAGAACAGAUGAACUGCAAUCGAUCAAGAACCGCGUCAACAGCACUUUCACACUCCUUAACGUGGUCGACCAAAGGACCACCAAAGCUGGGCUCAACCUCACCCUCAAUGGGUUGGAGCAAGUGUAUGAACAACAGAAGGGCCUCAUGGAAGAACUCCAGGACCACAUGGAAGUCUUAAAGGAUAUCCGGGAGCUGGCAACUCCACCGCCACCCCCGCGUUAG